AUGUCAAAAGAUUGUGAAGAUGAAUUGAAUUUAAAUCUCUCAAAUAAUAAUUCUUUACAGAGAAAACAUGUUACAAAUGAUAACGAGUUAAGAAUGAUUAAAGAUAUCAAUAACAAAGGUGAUGAAGAUUAUUGCCAAGAUGAUGAAGAUGGUGAUAGCGAUCAUAAUCUAGAACAAGAUGAUGUUAAAAGUGAUUUGGUUUUAGCCGACUGUAGUUUUUCUGACCAAAAAUUCAUAAAUUUAUCAUAUAAAAAGUUGAAAGAAAUGCCAGACUCCUUACUAAAACUUCGAGAUUUAGAGAGAUUAAACCUGGAAGCCAAUGAAAUACGACAACUACCAGACAACUUAUUUAACUGUCUACCGAGUCUAAAAUGGUUGGAUCUUAGGAAUAAUAAACUAGAAGGGCUGCCAAAUUUGGGGUUGGAUAACCCCGAUUUGAAACUGGAGGUCUUGCUGUUGGAGAGUAAUAUAAUAACUCGUUUGCCAACCGAACUAGCUCUGGCCCCUAAGCUUACCGGCUUGAACGUCAGGCGCAACCCGAUAACAUACCCUCCGGAUGACGUCAUAAAGAUGGGAUUGAAAUAUAUUAGAUCAUUCCUAAUGAAAAGUCUAGACAAUGAUUGUUGCAACAACUCAAACUCAAGCAACAACUACAACUACAACAACGCUAACAACAACAACAACAACGCUGAUCAAAUUGAUUUCAACAUAUACCGUCAGUCGUCUGGCAUUUCAUCUGAAAAGAGCAACAAACAUGCAAAUUCUUUUUCAUUGUACAACAAACUUGUCAAAAAACCAGAAAAACAGAAGAAACAGCUGACAACUCAAAGUGAGAGGUACCUUUCGAACAUGUACGGCCAGCCGAUCUCGGAAAACAUCGUUGAGGACAAGUUUAAGGAGGAGGCCAGGCAGAGCAAGCAAAGAAACAAACUCAACAAAGUCAACAGCAUCCUUCAGGCUAGAAAAUUGAACCAUGAGAGUUUCCUCAAGGGCAAGGUGGCCGAGCAGAUUCAAUCGAUAAAAAACCGCCAGUAUGCAAGCAUGGACCCCAAGCGAGCCAUGUCUACUGCGAAUAGAGAUCUUGACAUUGCCUUGAAGUUGAAAGAUGAAAUACAGAAACGAAAGAGGGAAAUUGAAUUUGGCAACUGCACCUUACCAAACGGACUCAAUGACAUCUGA